UCCUCCGUCUAGCAACACCUGCUACCUGGCUGAAAGUUCCCACCUGUAAAGAAAUGUGCACCAUGAUGACACCUACUGGCCCAAUUUGGUACCUUCCACCCAAUGAUAAUUAGAACUGGCUCCUACAGUAAGGUUUAUAAUUAAUAUAAGGUAUGUUUGGGCCACCUACAAUAUGACAACCCAAUGAAGGUGGGCCUAAAUGAUUCUACUACUAUUGUACUUUGAUGUGGGAACAAAUUAGAAUGCACCACUUCCACUGCAACUCUGUGAAAAAUAAACCAACCUUCAUUCAUGCAAUUGGUUUAGCUGUCCUUCAAUCCUUAAUGAGGCAGAUUCAUUGACAGAUAAGCAGUCCACAGACUGAUGGCGGUGCCUGACAGCAGCAACACACACACACGCAAGCGAUGCCACAGCGUCCACAUCACCCCUUAAGUUCCCCGUGCAGACUCCUCUGAAACCACACUGCUGUGCACAAAGACGCAUGAGUUUGCAGGAGACGCAGAUGAUGAAGAAGGUGGAAGGGUGGAGGAAGUCAGCUCAAAGAGGAUGAACCACAGACAUUGACGAGAAGUGAGGAUGUCGCUGUCAAGGUGCACAGACUGAAACAAGACUCGUACAGGAUUGGCGAGGUAAUGUCAAGGAGUUUUUAUCUGGUGUGAGCACCUGAAACUGUGGGAUCCUCUUAAUCUGAGAUGUUUUACAGCAUCGGAGCUGCCACAUUUAGAGAAGUAAGUCCCCACACGGACCUGCUCUCCCCUGCAUUGCACUCAGGGGGGAACAGGCCGAGGUAGGAAGGGAGCGAGCAGAGAGUAGAAAGAGGAAGCAGCAUGCAACCAAGUGACUUCAGCUUCUGCACUUCUGUGUUAAAUGAAGUCCAUGGAGGAACAUUCCCCACUUGGACUGGCUGCGACUGAGGCAUCAUGAGGCCCAACCACGGCUGCACCGUACUGCGUGCCUUUGUCUUGGCAGGGAUGCUCCUCAACCUACAAGCUGACAAUGAAAAUACUUGUGAAGUGGAUGUUAAACUCAACCGUAACACGGUUUUUAAAGCUUUCCUCGGAGAAGACCUUCGGAUUAACUGCACAGUUGAAUUCUGCAGCGAUUCCCUGCCUGUAGUCUCGUGGAACAAAAAGGAGAAAAAUAAUGUAGACGUCAGCAGCAGCACUCACAUCAAAACAGAGUGGAAACCUCUGGGAGAUUUGGUUGGAGUGUCAUUUUUGAUCUUCCAAAAAGUAGACAUAAACGACUCAGGUUUGUAUCAGUGUGCAGUGGGAGAAAGUUUAAGCCAUUACAUCAACGUCUCUGUCCACGGUGAUGCUGAGCGCAACAAUUCUACAAGUAGCAACGACACAACAGGGAGACCUUGGCCGUCGGAUCCUUGGCUGUACGCGUACUUCACCGCGGGGAUUGCGGCGUUUGUCGCCAUCGUGGUGAUUCUAACGGUCGCGUCGUUGCGGCGGUGUAAAGGGAAGUCGAAGAAAGAGACGCAAGUGGAAAACCAGUACGUGGCGUUCGUCAUGUCCGAGCAACCCUUCUCGGACUGCGGCCCUCUGCCCCCCCCGAGAGGAAGCCCCUCCGCGCCGCCGUGCCGGAGGUCGACCCGGAGGACGACCCCGCCCUCACACGCCGACCAACCGCCAAGGCCGCGAGGCGGUGAGCGCGCCAAGAGGAGGGAGGACAGAGAGGAGGAACCGGGGGGUUCCAUCUUGUACGCCGCGCUCCAACACCCGCCCCCGGGCGCCGCUGGCGCCGCCGCCGCCGCUCGGCCGUGGAAGCCGAGGCAGGAGACGUCGGAGUACGCCGCUAUCCGCGUUCAGGAGACGUCCUCCGCGAGACUCACCUUGUGACACACCCCGCCCCCCCCCUGAGGAGCAGAUGCCCUGCCUGAAAAUUAGCACCUCCCCCGCUUCUGGAAACGUGUGAGGUCAUCAUGGACCAAUCACAAACAUGUUUGCGAUGUGGGGUGUCAUGCCCUCGUGGGGGUUAAAGCGGUGACCUUUUGCUGAUGAACUUCCUUUGAUGAUGAAACCAUCGUCGCCCUGUGUGAUUGAUUAAGGACCUUCUGCCUGUCUUUGUGUAAUCGUUGUGUCGUUUACAGCUGUGAAUCGAGAAUGUAGAAAUGAUCUCAUGGACUCUGUGGAAUUAAAUAAGAUGACACGUGUUAGUGAGAUCCA